AUGAAUGUGCUGUGCCGGUGGGACAAGUCGAUGAGACCAGCUAUUGACUCUAUACGCGCCGCCAUCAGCUCCUUCGACUACUACGAUAGUAACGGUGAGCUCAGAGACUGCCUUCCAUAUGCUCCAGGUGACCUUCUCAACGUUGAAGUGGUGCAGAUGUCGGGACUUAUUGACCUGCUGUAUGGGAAGGCUAAAGAUUGCGGCAUUGAUCUUCGAUUCGGAGCCAUCGUCUGUGAUUACUGGGAGUCCGAGGGAAACGCGGGAAUCGUGUUGGAGAAUGGACACAAGGUAGCUGCUGACUGCGUGAUUGCUGCUGAUGGAUGGGGUACCAUCACCGGAAAAGAUGUGGCCCCCUACUCGACUGGUGCUGCCAUAUAUCGAUCACAUUUUGAUUCACGCGAGAUUAGGGAUGACCCAGAGGCAAAUUGGAUCCUUGACAGCACAGGUCGGGCAGACCACGCUAACAUGUACCUCGGAAAGGAUACUACUCUUUUGGUGGGUACCGUCGGAAAGGGUAAAAAUGUCAAGUCCAAGGACUUGAUAAUUCCUGGCUCCAGCCUGCAGACCCUCAGCAUGUCGUGGAAUUGGUCAAGGACUGGCCAGUGGUUAUUGGCGAUGCGGCCCAUGCUAUGCACCCCAAUCUCGGUCAAGGAGCCAACAUGGCCAUUGAAGAUGCAGCAGUCGUCGCUACUUGCCUGGAGCUCUGUGGAAAGAAAAACAUGCCUGUCGGUCUGCGGGUUGUGGAGAAAUUACGCCAGAAGCGAGUUUCGGUGGUCGAGGCAGCUUCGAUCAAGGCGAUGGAGAGGCAGUUCGAUGCAAACUGGGAUACUGACCAAGCUCAUGGGAAACCAACCUAUGAUCCACGCCCAGCCUGGUUACUGCGACAUGACUGUGUGA